ACUCGACAGUACCAUGUUAUAUUAUUAAAUACCAACAACAUAAGUUUAGUAUCUCGCCGGUCUUCAAGCAGUAAACAUGACUAUCCGAUGGGGCAUCGUAAGCGCGGGCAAGAUCGCCAAUGACUUCGUCAACGCCGUGAACAGUUACCCCGAAAAGGGCGACCAGGCCAUCGUGGCGGUCGCCGCGAGGGACCGGAGCCGCGCCGAGGCGUUCGCGAAGACACACAGCAUACCUAAGGUGUUCGACACUUAUCAGGCCAUGGCGGAGAGUGAGGGGGUUAUCGAUGUCGCCUACAUCGGCGCCCUCCACCCCGACCACUAUCCCCUCGCCAAGCUCUUCCUCGAGCACGGCAAGCACGUUCUCUGCGAGAAGCCCCUCUGCCUCAACCUGAAGCAGACCCAGUCCCUCAUCAACAUCGCCAAGAAGAACAAACGCUUCCUCAUGGAAGCCGUGUGGUCGAGGUUCGCGCCCGCGUAUUUGGCGCUAGAGAAGGAGAUUGCGUCAGGAAAGUUGGGGGAGGUGAAGAGAGUGGAGGCGAACUUUGGAAUAUCGUGUUUGGAUGUUAUCAGACUGACCAAAAAAGACAUGGGCGGCAGUGCAGUAAUGGACCUCGGAGUGUACGUACUCCAAUUCGCGCAACUGAUAUUCAAGGACGAGCCAACCAAGGUCACAGUGGUCGGAGAGACGAAUGCAGAGGGCGUGGACGUUGGCGAGACCAUCAUCCUGGAGUACUCGGGCGGGCGGCGCGCCGUGCUGACCGCGGACGCGACCGUCAAGAUGUGGAACAAGGGAACCGUCACCGGCACCAAGGGACGCCUUACGGUCGAAGAUCCCUUCCACUUCCCUACGACCCUGAUCCAUUCUGACGGCACAGUGGAGGAGUUCAAACUGCACGACCUCAAGCUGUUUUCCAACUUCAUCAACAGCGCAGGUCUCGUCUACGAGUCGCUGGAGGUCGCUCGGUGCAUUAGAGAAGGUUUGCUGGAGUCUCCGCGCAUGAGCCACAGAGAGAGUCUCAUCCUCGCCAAGCUCGAAGACACCGUUCGAAAACAGCUGGGAGUGCGCUACGACAUCGAUGACCAGGAGUUUUAAGUUCCAACCGAUGUUUUAUAAAGCCUGACCAGUAAUAUAUGAACCUUAGAGCAUUUAAUAACUGGAGUCGCCUUUAAGAGCUUACCCCUCUGCCGACAACCUUGCACAACUGUGCAAACUUUUGUAUGUACUGACGUUUAUCUGACAUGGCUAUUUGUACGUUAUGAAUCAUGUACAAAUAGCCAUACAUUUGACGUGCCCCUCCUCCGCAAAAAUCAGCAGACUGUUUUGUACAGAAAAUGACAAACAGCGACAAGCGUCUCCAGUUACUAAAUGCUCUAAGAUAUGAACACGCGCCAUGUUGCGGAAUUUCAUUGGAACUAAUUUAUUCGUACUAUACUAAACUGUCACCAUAUAAAUGAGAAUAACAGCGCCUUCUUCAAAAUGAUCAUAUGUUACUGGUCAAGCUUUACUUCGGAUACUAAAAUGACAAAUCGGUUGGCCGUUUAUUUAAGUACAUAAAAUAAAAUAUUAUAUUUACUGUUAUAAUUGUGUUUAAUUAAUCUGGGCUUAAUAUGUUAUGUCCUUUCCAAAGUCCUCAGUUUGAUAAAUAUCUUCUAUCCAGCA